AUGAACACGCUACCAAAACGAGCAUCGACUUGGACAUGUCCGCGAUGCUUGCACAAAACCCAGAAACGGACUAAUGCCAGUGUUACAACCUCCUCACGUAUCCCACCCAGCAGAUCUUUCGACGGCGCAUAUAUAGCAGCCACAAAACCUGCAAAGGCUGAAGAAUCGACACUUCGAGAUGUCUUCAACAACCAAUCGGCGUGGAAAGACUUCUCGUCACAAGCGAAGACGACAUCAGGGUUGAUAGGAAACCGACACCUUACGGAACCCCGAGGUUUCCAGAGGUUCGCUGAGUCUUCUCUGCGUAAAUGCAAGGUGCUGGUUGAAAGAAUAUUGGCUGCAUCUACCUUGGAACAAUAUAAGAGGCUACCACGGGACUUAGAUCGGCUGAGCGACUUGCUAUGUCGUGUCAUCGACCUCUCAGACUUUGUGCGAACAAUACACCCAAACCAGAGUGUCGCGGCUGCUGCGAGUGCUGCUUACUCACUGAUGUUUCAAUAUAUGAACGAGCUCAAUACUACCACGGGCCUGAACAAGCAGUUAAAAAAGGCUUGGGACAAUCCUGAAGUUCAGUCACAAUGGACUAGGGAGGAGCGGAUGGUUGCCAUGAUUUUGAUGAGGGAUUUCAGCAAAUCUGGAAUCGAUCUGCCGGACUCACAUCGCGAGGAAUUUGUCAGCAUCUCAAACGACAUUGCGAAUGUUGGAACUGACUUUGUUAACAACAUGGAUUAUGCUAACAGGAACGUGAGAGUAUCGAAAUCGCAAAUGGCAGGAGUAGAUCCUCGAUGUCUACAGAAUAUGUCUAGAUGGAUUCAGACAGAUGUGCCGGUCCACAGUAACCUUGCCAAGCACAUCGCGAGCACUGCUCACAACCCAGAUGUCAAGCAGAAGCUCUAUACGGCGGAAAGAACUGCCUCGAAGUCUACGAUACGAAAACUCGAGCAGCUUCUUAUCAACCGUGCAAAACUAGCCAAGCUGACAGGCUAUGAAAGUUAUGCUCAUUUGACGCUGACGGACAAGAUGUCAAAGACACCAGAGGCUGUGACCAAAUUCCUGCAAUCUCUAAGUGCAAAUAAUCGAGGGCAGGUACAGAAAGAGCUCGCAGAAUUAUUAGAGGUCAAACGAUCGAAAGAUCCUAAUGCGACAGAAGUAGAGGCCUGGGAGCAUUUGUACUUGGUGCAUCAACUCAAGGUUCAAAAUAUGUCGCGUGGAUUGACCACCAAGUCGCGUCUGCUCGAGUCUGUGAACAACUAUUUCGCAGUUGGCCAUGUGAUACAAGGAUUGUCCAGUCUUUUCCAGUCCCUGUAUGGUAUUCGACUUGUGCCCAGGGAAACGAAUAUUGGUGAGGUCUGGCAUCCAGAUGUUCGGCGACUAGACGUGUAUCUGGACGACGAUAAGCACAUUGCAACCAUGUAUUGUGAUCUCUUUUCUAGGCCAGGAAAAAUGCCAAAUCCUGCACACUUUACGCUGCUGUGCUCGAGAGAGAUCUCCUCGGAGGAGGUCGAAGAAGCUAUGAGUGAGAACGAAGCAUUAAAUCUGGGUAUGCCAGUCCGUACGUCUAUUGACCAAGUGACUGGUCAAACAAGACAUCAUCAGACACCCGUUAUCGCCCUAGUAUGCGACUUCGCGAAUAGCAGUAGUGCACUUGGUCCCUCCACACUGUCGCCUACUAGCGUGACCACCUUGUUCCAUGAAAUGGGACAUGCUGUUCAUAGCAUUCUAGGCCAGACCUCCAUGCAAGGCAUCUCAGGCACCAGAUGUGCUACAGAUUUUGCGGAACUGCCUUCUGUGCUUAUGGAAUACUUUGCGUCUGAUCCGUCUGUGCUGAAGCUAUUCGCUCGUCACUGGGAAACGAAUGAAAGGAUACCAUAUGAACUAAUUCGUGCAAUGCGUCAGGAGAAGCAGAAUAGGGCCGAGCUGUCUGGAGGUUGGGACAACCAGACGCAGAUCCUCAUGGCUAUGCUCGAUCAAGUCUAUCAUGCGGAAGGCCCAAUGGCAGGUAUAGUAGGAGGCCAGUACGACACGACUGCCGCAUUUCAUGAUGUAUGGAACAGGCACGGUAGCGUACGUGAACCAGCCGGGACAGCGUGGCAAGGCUUCUUCGGACAUCUCUAUGGUUACGGCGCGACUUAUUAUGCAUAUCUCUUCGACAGAGCUAUUGCUAGGCAAGUCUGGCGAGCUGUGUUCCGUGACGGCGAGGACGGUGGCGCAAUAGACAGAGAAGCUGGAGAACGUUUCAAGCAGGAAGUCUUGAAAUGGGGAGGAGGUCGAGAUCCCUGGCUCUGCUUGGAAGGUCUGAUGGGAGAAGGCAAGGGCAUUCUGGGAGAAGGUGGAUCAGAAGCGAUGGACUUGGUUGGCCAAUGGGGAGUUGGUGCUGGAUCUGAGGGACAGAUGUAG